CAAGCACACCUCCUUUCAUGUUAGAAAUUGGGAAUUCUUAUCCCUUUUCUCUCUCUGUCACUCUCUCUCCAAUGUGUAACCGAAGCAGAAUACGUCUUGGGACCACCCUCGUACCAUGUCUUACACCUCUCUACCUAGCCUUCUUGCUGUACCACCUGACCAGCACCGUCGCCGGUGCGUCGCCCUCCGCUUACAUACCUGUCGAUAAUAUUCCCCUCAACUGUGGCUCCUCUGGCAAAUCAACUGCAGUUGACGGUAGGACUUGGAUUGAAGACGUGGAUUCAAAAUUCUUCCCCGUUGAACAAUCACAAAACCGGGCAUCUCUAACCGCCACCGCAGUUCAACAAUCCUCCACCGCCAAUACAGUACCCUAUACCGAUGCGCGGCUUUCUCUCUCCGCAUUCACCUACACGUUUCCAGUCACUGCCGGCCAAAAAUUCAUUCGCCUAUACUUCUAUUCGGCUUCGUACUCUAACUUUGAUCGCUAUAACGCCCUAUUCUCUGUUACAGCCGGUCGUUUUACUCUUCUUAGCAAUUUCAACGCUUCACUUACAGCAGAUGCCGAUAGUGGUUCCGGCGGUACCAUAUUCAGAGAAUACUGUGUCAACAUCGAGGAGGAGGAUCAGAGGUUGAACCUAACCUUCACGCCGUCGCCGAGCGUUGCUACUGCAUAUGCUUUUAUCAACGGAAUUGAAAUCUUGUCCAUGCCUCCCAAUCUCUAUUACACUCCAUCUAGAUCUGGAGAUCAAGGGUUUCCUUUUAUCGGCCAGGGGAGACUGUACCCCAUCGAUAACAGCACUGCUCUCGAGACGGUAUACAGACUUAAUGUUGGAGGCCGCUACAUGUCACCCUCUCAAGACACUGGCAUGUUCCGGGCCUGGAGUCAGGACGACAAUUACUUCACAAAAAAUGAAGUACUUUUUCUACCUUUAAACACUACUAUUCAACCAAAGUUUACCAAGGUACAUGCGUACGUUGCUCCAUCCGAAGUCUAUCAGACUGCGCGGACUUUGGGGACGAACAAAACUCUCAACAAGAGCUACAAUCUCACCUGGGAAUUCCCCGUAGAUUCUGGAUUUGUUUACUUUGUUAGGCUACACUUCUGCGAGUUUGAACGAGAGAUUACUCGGCAAGGAGACAGAGUGUUCCUUAUUUUCAUAGCAAAUCAAACUGCUGAGGAAGCAGCCGACGUGAUUGUAUGGAGUGGUGGAAAUGGUGUUCCGGUAUAUAGAGAUUACGCCGUUUCAUUUAUUGGCAAAGAAGGCGAAAUGAAUCUCUCCAUCUCACUAGAAGCAAAAAAGCAAAACUCGGAGACUACUUACAACAAUGUAAUCUUGAACGGUGUCGAAAUCUUUAAAGUAAGCGCCUAUAAUGGCAGUCUCGCCGGACCCAAUCCAGACCCAGUUCCGUUGGGCCCUACAACUGUUGUGCCACCAACGCCACCAAAGUAUUCGAAGAAUAACAGAACAACAAUAGUUGCCGUCGUUGGUGGUGUAGUUUCCGGAUUUGUUGUGCUGUCGAUUCUCGGGUUCUUGAUUUCCCGGCAGCGCAAGAUAGUCAAGGACUCCGGCGUUAGCGAUGCGACAACUUGGUGGGGUCCAUUUUCUUUCUCUACGACCAAGUCAACAAAGACCCACAGGACAUCUCUACCGUCCGCUCUGUGUCGUAACUUCUCAUUGGCUGAGAUUAGAGCAGCCACCAACAACUUCGAUGAUGUUUGCAUCAUUGGUGUUGGGGGGUUUGGUGACGUGUACAAAGGGUACAUUGAUGGUGGGGAUAAUCCAGUUGCGAUCAAGCGGUUGAAACCCGGUUCCCAACAAGGGGCCCACGAAUUUGAGACUGAGAUUGAGAUGCUCUCCCAACUUCGCCACAUCCAUCUCGUUUCUCUGAUUGGAUAUUGUAACGAUGGUGAUGAGAUGAUCCUCGUUUAUGAUUAUAUGGCCAAUGGGACCCUCCGUGAUCAUUUGUACAACACUCGUAAUCCUCCUCUUUCGUGGAAACAGCGGCUCGAGAUCUGUAUUGGUGCAGCACGUGGAUUGACCUAUCUUCAUACGGGCGCGAAGCACACAAUUAUUCAUCGUGAUGUGAAGACAACAAAUAUCCUUUUGGAUGAGAAAUGGGAGGCCAAGGUUUCCGACUUCGGAUUGUCCAAAAUGGGCCCUACUAGUGUGUCCAAGGCACACGUCAGUACAGUGGUAAAGGGAAGUUUCGGGUAUUUGGACCCGGAGUAUUAUCGGCGUCAACAAUUGACUGAGAAGUCUGACGUGUACUCGUUCGGUGUGGUUUUGUGUGAAGUAGUGUGUGCAAGGGCACCCAUAAUGCGUACGGCAGACAAGAAGCAAGUGAGCCUGGCGGAGUGGGCCCGGCAGAACCAUCGGAAUGGAAAGAUGGAUCAAAUUGUUGAUCCAACCUUAAAGGGUGAAAUAGCGCCCGCGUGUCUGAAGAAAUAUUGUGAAAUAGCGGUGAAUUGUUUGCUUGACAACGGAAUCGAACGGCCAUCGAUGAAUGACGUGGUGUGGGGCCUUGAGUUCGCAUUGCAACUGCAGGAGAGCGACCACAGGCACAGAGAUGUCAGGGUUUAUGGGGUACUUGAAAUUGAGAAGAAGGAUGAUGAGAAAACUCUGUUGCCCAAAUCGAAGAUUGAUGAUAGUGAUGACAGCAUUGACAGGUUUAGUAGCAGCGGUGUACAAGUGUCAACUAUAAAUAGCAGCAGCAAUGAAGACCAAAGUUCUGGCAGUAGCGGUCGGGAUUCGAGCAGACUGAUGUCCUCCGGGGCAGUGUUCUCUGAGAUUAUGAAUCCUCUAGCUCGGUAAAAGAAAGAGUCUAAGCUGAACUUUUGGUAUGUUCUUUUCUGGUGAGCCCAAUUAGUUUAUAUUAUCAUUUAUUUAGAGUCAUUGCAGACAAGGUCUAGAAUUAAUUCACUUUAUUUCACGAGUCGUGCAAGAUGAUAUCGGUAAUGCAUGUAUAUGGUAUAAUGGCUUUUAGAAUGGUAGAAUAUGUUUUGAAUACUUAUAUUAUCUUAUUAGAAUAUAAAUAAUUGUGUGAUGUUACGUGUCAUUCACAAUUUCACACAUUGUAUUA